UAAGACCUCAACGCCGUUCCCAUUUUAUAUAUACAAAGAAAGAAAAGAAACCCAGAAAGUAGAAAAGCUAAAAAACAAUUUAAUAAUGUCAGCGUCUCAGAUAGAUCCUCACGACAAGAUGAGAUCUAGAGACAUGAGCAAGGUGGCACGUGGCGAACAAGCACCAAGGCCAGCUCAUGAAUACGGCACCGUUUCAAAGCCUCCACCGCCUUCUUCCUCCUCCGUUCCUUCCGCUCAGACCAACCUCGACGGCAACGACGAUGAUCGCCGCCGCGGUAGUGAAGACAGAGAUAAUAAGGUGGUAAUGGAUGAGGGAGUAGGGACAGCGCCAAGCGAUAUUCGUUUUCCUUUCACUAAUCAAACUCGCCAUUGCUAUGCACGAUAUUUGGAAUAUCAUAGGUGCGUGCAGAAGAAGGGGGAACACGCACCUGAAUGCAAGAAGUUCGCCAAGUAUUAUCGAUCUCUAUGUCCUGGUGAAUGGGUUGAGAAAUGGAAUGAGCAAAGGGAGCUUGGGGUCUUUCCUGGUCCAAUGUAAGGUUGUGGCUUUGUCAUGUGUGUGUGAAUAAAUAAUAAAAAGUGGUUCAUAUACGAUUUAUAUCACUUUAGUCAUGGGAGUCGGCAGUUCAUUCACUUUUAGCCAUUCCCACUUUUGUACAUUGUGUUUAGAAAUAUGAUCAAUUUUUAAGUUUUUAAAAACAAUUAAUAGAUCCUUUUAGUUUUGGUUGAAA